CGUGCGACAUCGCAGCGCCACGUCACCUUCGCGCGACUCACAUGGUUUGUUUUGGUAUGAAGUUUAACUAACUGCAAUUUUUUCCCCCCCAUUCUUUUCGGAAUCUCAGGAACAAUGUUGUCCGCGGAUGUUUUCACGUCUUUCCCCGGACUGAUGUGGGAGAAGGUGCUGUCAAAGGUAAACAAAGCGGUUGUUUUCAUGGACGCGGCGUGUGCGGAAAUCCUGCACUGGAGCGGAGGGGCUGCUCUUCUGUUGGACGCCGGAGCACGCAAUGUCAAGCGCUUUUCCAGCUUCGAAGCUGGCGAGGACAACGAGCCCAAAGCGGUGUUCGUGGUCAGCACUCUGCUGAGAGGAAGAACGGCGGAUAUUAUAAAGGACAUUGUUUCUUUUAGCCGCUUCAGGUACUGUGUCGUGUUCACAGCUGUGCCGCACUCUCUGCACCUGUUCGCUGACGGAGUCUCCGCCGAGCUGGAGGGCAACGCGGCGUUCACCCGCUUCGAACAGAAGCUGUGCGGGUGGAUGGGAAAUGCUGAGUAUACAGCCGAGGUCGUGCAUGCCCCAGUGCACUUCGCCAGGGUUUCCUCUCAGCUCCUGAUCGCGCCUGCCUUCGCUGAUCUGUUUCCGCUGCUCGACACGGAUCUCCUCUCCAUCAACCGCAAGCGGCAGGAGAAACGGCGCUUCGCGAGUCUCACCGACCUGGACAUGCACUCGCUCCCUAACGAGCUGCAGGUUAAGAUCCGAGCUCUAGUCUCGGCUCUGAACACCCUCUUCGAGUUCUCCAACACACGAGAGGAGAGCUUCACCGUGGGCCCGUUGAGUCGCCUGAUCGCUGCCGAGCUGGCCAGUCAUCCACAGGCUAAACACCGGAGGAAGUCCUCUGCUCAUAAAGCCUCUGUGGUCUUCAUCGACAGAACUCUUGAUCUGACAGGAGCUGUGGGACAUCAUGGUGACAGCCUGGUGGAGAAGAUAUUGUCUGUUUUGCCUCCGUUGCCGGGUCACGUGACCGAUGUUCAAGUAGACAUGCUGGAGCUGACGCAUCUUCAGCGCACAGCCGAGGCACAGGGUGUCCUGGCUCCUGGCUGCCUGGGACAGACACAGUCUGCCGUAGCGCGGUCGCUAUGGGAGACGAUGCUCGUUGCUAAGCAGAAGGAGGCAGUGAUGGAGGUGAGGAGGCAGCUCGUGGAGGCGGCCAGCAAAGAGAACCUGCCAAUCAAAAUGAGUCUGGGGCGUGUGACAGGUGAGCAGCUCUCCACGUAUGCGCAGUUGUUUCGGGACAGUUGGCCGGCGUUAGAGAAUCACUGUGGUUUGUUGCAGCUGGCACUAGGCACCGCUCAGACACUGCGCCACCCCGCCCUCACCCAGUGGGACGCCUGCCUUGCCUUUGAGAGACUCCUCCUUCAGGCGCUGGGAGAGUCUGAACUGGCAGACGUCCUGAAGCAGUUUCUGCCCCUUAUGAAGUCCAGAAGUGGCACCGAGACCGGUUCAGAGUCGGGUUCGGCUGAUUUCAGCUUGGACGAGCUGCUCCUGCUGCUGGUGUACGUGUACUCUCUGGCUCAGGAGACGCAAGCGAGUGGAAGGCAGGACGAGGAGAAGGUGGAGCAGGAGCUCAUCGGGGCGCUGACACUUUUACUCACCCAGCAGACCACGCUGAGUCCUUUGGUGCAGGGUAUUACAGGAGUUUCUAGCCCUGAGGAACUUUCGACAGAGCAUGCACACACAGCAGUGGAACGUGUGUUCGAGACAUUGAGCAGCCUGGGCCGAGCCCGAGAGCACCUGAAGCAGCUGCGCUCGGUAUACAGCGCCGGUGAUGGUGCGCACCAGGCGGCGUAUCGUCCGUUCGUAAAGCAGGUUCUGGAGGAAAUCUUCAACCCAAGCCGAACUGAGUGCCCAGACAUAGAGCAUGCUUCUGGAGGACUUACUGACCUGCUAAAGACGGGUUUCAGCAUGUUUAUGAAGGUCAAUCGGCCCCACCCAAGUGAUUAUUCAUUGCUGCUUCUCUUCAUGGUGGGUGGAGUCACAGCAUCAGAGAUCCGCCUUAUCCGUGAGGUUGUCUCCACCCAUAAAGCAGGGACACAGGUUUUGGUGAUCUCGACCAGGCUACUGCGGCCAGCUGAUAUUCCACACCUGCUGUUCAGCACUGACAGACUCUCACCUGAUAUAGGAGUGUGAGAAGAGAAAGCAGACCACACACAGUAAAGCAUACACAUUCCUGAACACACACACACACACAGCAGAAUAGAAGCAGGUUUUAUUUACCAGAGACCAACACACACGCUUCUGUGGUGCACGUAUGAAUGGUUUGUUAAAAGUGUGGCUAUUACUGUAAAGAGACUAAACACUAUUUAAAAAAAUAUUAAUAUACUGAAAACAAAUGCAGAUUAAAGUAGUUUAUUGUUAAUCGAUGCUAAGGGCACUUCUUAAAGUGUAUUCUGUUUGCACAAUUUGUAAAUUGUUGCAGGUUGAAAUAAAUUUGAUAUUAACUGCA